GAUUUUUAUUGCAUAAAAUAAUUUAAAAUAUUUAUAUUUUAUAUAGUAGUAUUGUAAAUAUAAUACAUUUAAUACGGGCGAUUAUUUAAAUCGUUAUGCGAUUAUCACGGUUUAAAAUAGUAUUAUCAUAAAUCGAGGCGAGUAUGUGGCUGUUUAUGUGAUAAGAUUACUGUUCGAUGACCAGCAUAUCUACAACCGCGGUUCCGAUGCCACGGAGGUAUAUGAAAAUAUGAACAAUAUAAGACUUAUAGAAAAACCGAUUAUUCUUCAAGUCAUGGGGGGGGGAAUCGUCCCCAUAGCCCCCCCCUCAAAUACGCCACUGGUACAGUAUCUAACGAAAUAUAUAUUGUAAAGCUAGCAUUCUAGACUACUCAUUCUACGAGUGCAGGCAUUGAAUGUGCAACAUCAGUAAUAUACUCCACGUCAACGCCCCACAGAUGUACGGAAUGUACAUGCUACGGUAUGAAGAAAUGAAAAUGACCAAUGGCCAAAGUGUCCAGGAGAAAAUGCUGUUCCACGUGACCACCCAAUCCAGAGCCAUGGAGUCGUUGGACAGUGGACUCGACUGGAGACGCACCCGGCGCAACAAGUACGGGUGUGGAGUUUCAUUCAGCGACGACGCCGACUACGCCAACUUUUACGCCGACAAAUUCACUAGUGAAGAAUCAAGAGUGAUUAUGAUAUGCACCGUGUUGAUUAGUGAAACGUACGUGGUCCCGUGGAAUGUCAAAGGAGACUCCUUGAUCGUACCCCCCGGCCUUGCGGACACGACGAUGGGUAAUAACGGACGUGUAUACGUAAAGUACAAUGAUAAUGAUUUUUAUCCACUGUACUUUGUGUACUAUCAACGGAGACCGGAACAUAUGGCCAUGAGCAAAUAUUCCCGUGCCAACAUCCGCUGGCCUAAGGAUCACUAUAAUUACUUAGAAGAAAUUGGCUACUUCGACAACGAUUACGAUGACAACGAUACACUUGGAGACUACGAUGACUACAGCAACGAACUCUAUGACGAUGAUCUCUAUGUCGACUACAUAGAAGACACGGACUACAACGAUGACUACGAUGACGACGAAAAUGAUGACUACAGUAACAAACUCAGCUAUGACGACGAUCUCUAUGCCGACUACCUAGAAGACACGGGCUACUACGAUGACUACGAUGACGACGAUAUAUUUGAACAAAUAUACUACCACGACGAAAACGAUGACUAUAAUAGCAUCGAACUCGAUGUCGACGAAUUCGAUGUGGACUACCUAGAAGCCACGUGCUACUACGACGACGACGACGAUCUCUAUGCGGACCAAAUAGAAACCACGGACUACUACGAUGAACACGACUACGACGUAAAUGAUGACUACAGCAACGAACUCUAUGACGACGAUCUCCAUGACGACGAUCUCUAUAACGACGAUCUCUAUAACGACAAUCUCUAUGCGGACCACCUAGAAGCCACGGAUUACUACGAUGAACACGACUACGACGUAAAUGAUGACUACAGCAACGAACUCGAUGACGACGAUCUCUAUGCCGACUAUCUAGAAGAUGCAUGUUACUACGAUGACUACGACUAUAGCAACGAACUCUAUUACGACGAUAUCAGUUAUGCUGAUUACUGUGACGACUAAUUAUUAUAAAUAAUUAUUUUAAUGUUUAUGCAAACAGACAAGAAGUGUUGUCUCACUUGCAGUCUGUAUGAAUAUUUUGAUUUUAUAUGUACAUUAAAUUAUUUAAUAUUCAUACACAAUGAGUUUUUUCUGUGACUUUCGCUACCUAAUUAUUAUUUUUAUCAUAGGUAAUUUUAUUACACCUAUCUAGUAUCUACUCUCACGCAUUUUUGGAUGAACGAUUCUAAUAACACUAACUGUAUUGUAGGUGUUAUUUUCAUUUGUGAUUGGCGUUUUAACUUUUGGUUGUAAUCGUGUUGUUAUACAUUUAUACACAAUUAUACAAUCAUGCAAAAUGAGAAUUUCUUAAUUUAUGUGUAUGUUAUGUUGCAGUAUGAAUACUUACAUGCGAAUAUAUACAUUUUAAUCUGAUUUCUCCUUACAGUUCAUAUACUUUGUUAUUAAUUUUUUUUUCUGAAUAUAAUUAGUGCAGGUAGUAUUAAUUAAAAUAAAAUAACAAUUAUUAAGUUUUUAAGCGAGUUAUCAGACCCAAAAAAUCAAUUUUUAUGUUUAAAUUGGAUCAUUCUUAUUUAUUUCUGGAAUCUGGAUUAUACCAUUUAUUGUAUUUCAUAUGAUGUAUUAUUUUGGACUAAAUAUUUUGCUAACUUACUAAAAAACAGGGGCUGACUUUGAUUAGCAUUUGGUUGUAGUCAGUAAGCAGUGGUAAAUACAAAAAGCUUCUACUUUUAUCUCCAUUAAGAAGAUGACAUAUGAUAAAACUAAUUCGACAUAUCUCUGCAACGCUAAUAAGACACAAACAUCUUAAAUAUUAAAAAUAAAUAAUUAUUGGACAGUAAAUAAAUAAAAAUAAAUACUCAUUAAGCUUCAGUUGAUUAUCAGUACCUACUGCCAGUGGACAUUAAAUAAUAACGACGUCAACGAUGGCAUAAUAAUUAUUAUUAAGUAAGUAUACUAAGGCGAUAAUACAAUUGAGUAUUAUAGAUACUACAACGUAUAUCCAAAAAUCCGUUUUAAAGCUAGCAUUCUUGACUAGUUGUAUUCUGCGAGUAUCGGCAUUGACUGCAUCGUGCAAGACAUUUUUUUUUAGAAGCACUCAACUAGGUAAGCUAAAUAAUAUAGGUACGAAGUGUUCCACACUAAAGAUACAUAUAUUUAUAAGUAUCGUAAAUACUUAUUAACUAUUGACAUGUCAUUUCAGUGGGAAAUAUUGUCAAUUGUCAACAUUCCAGAAGCAACUUAAACAUAUUUGUUUUUCCUUCAAUAAUUUCGUGUGUUGUCAAGCUCACCGCUUGAGAAGUUUCAAUAUAUUUUGUAUUUUUGUUCAUACACAGCAAUUCUGUAAGAUGAUGAUGUACUAUAGCGGUAGCAGCUUCAGGACAUCCAUCGGUGAGAAGAAGUUUACCUAUCACACCGCGGCCUGUAUUUCGGAACGUGUCUCACCGUUGAUGCUCCACAUGACGUAUGUCACCAACCACUCGCUGCUUAGCCAAUUGAACAGCGAUGCUCACAAUGACGUUGAACAACUCGUAAAAAAUAUAUUUCCCAACAGCAACAUCAGUUAGAUACGCCUAGCCUGCCCCAGUGCCCCCUAUAGCUGUACGGCAUGUAUAUAUUGAAUAAAGAAGAAAUGAAUUUGAACAUUGACCAGAAUGUCCAAGAAAAGUUAUUGUUCCACGUGACAACCGAAUCCAGAGCCAUGGAGUGGUUGGGCAGCGGACUCGAUUGGAAACGCACCCGGCGCAACAAGUUCGGCCGCGGAGUUUCAUUCAGCGACGACACUAACUAUGCCAAUAUUUAUGCAAACAAACCGCCCAAAGAAGGUAUAAUAAUAUUGUUUAUUUACCUACUAAGCUAGAUUAACAGCACCGACA